AUGGCAAGCAUCACGCUCAAAAUAUCCUCCCUCAUUAUCCGCACGCUUUCAAAGCCUAUUGCUAACCAAAUCAAAGCGCAAGCGCGAGAACAUGAACGCUUUCGUCGCAUCUGUGUAUCUUUCGCCCAGACCAUUCACCGGGUCGAUAUGCGACUGCGACUCGGCCUACUCCAGAAUAGCGCUCAACUAGAGAAACAAGCCGCUCGUGAGGCAGCGGAAGUUGCGAAAAAACGCAAAAGCCAAGUCCCUACGGUGAAGACCGAAUCGCAGCUGAAAGCGGAUGAGGCAACAAUCGCAAAGGAGAAAGAAAAGGCUCUGGAUCCUCCUAAACCACGGAUACGACCGCUUUCUGAGGCUAAAGCGAUUGACACGGGAGCAAAUUUCAUAAGCGAGACGUUCCUAUUCAUGGUUGCCGGAAGCCUUAUCGUGUUUGAGUCAUGGAGAUCCCGUAGAAAGGCUACGUCGAGAAGGGAGGACGUAGCAGAACGUUUGAGCGAUCUGGAGGAAUCUGAAAGGGCCGCCAGACAAGGCCUCAUUACCUUGGAAAAAGAAGUUUUGCGGUUACGAGCUCAGCUGGACAAGAUACCCCCAAAAAAAUUACAACGGAUCCUCCCAGAGGCAAUUCGGAACGUCGACGAAGAGCCGGAAGAGCCCAAUCCCCAAAGUUUACUGGACAAAAUUUACAGCAAAUUCCAGUGGCUUCGGGAUACCACCCAAAAGCAAGAACCACAGAGUUUGGGGACGGACACUGCCAUUCAACCAUCUACCCAAACCUCUCCAACUCUUGGAGUCACCAAGUGA